UGCAAGUUCCCAAGCUGUGAAUGGAGCUUCAAGAGAUAUGAGCAUCUGAAGAGACACAUGUUAGUCCAUACCAAGGAACGUCCCUUCCAAUGCGACUUUACGGGAUGCAACAAGUCAUUUAGUCGCUCAGAUAACUUUUCAGCCCAUUUGCGAACACAUUCCAAG